CCAGACAAAAAAUGCGAUCAAUGUGUGGCACAUUAUUACCUUGAUAAAUCUCUGAGUGUUCUGGCGUGUCUUUCUGCAUGUGCAAAUUGCAUAAAUCAAAAUUAUUGCACAUCUUGUCCACGUACAAACCAAUACGUUCAAAAUGGGGUUUGUUACAACUGUUACGGUGGAUGCUCGUCUUGUUAUGGAGGUUUGAAUGGGCAGUGUUAUGGAUGCAAUAAUGGGUUUUUUCGAACAUACUCUGGAAAUUAUCAAAAUCGUAAUGUAUAUCAGUGUAAGUCUUGUUAUUAUCAAUGUGUACAAGGAUGUGAUGGUAUAAAUGCUUGUUUAAGAUGCAACACGGGAUUUUAUGCAGAGAGUGGGACAUGCCACAGUUGUACUGAAAUCGCAAAUUGUGAUACAAGUGGGUGUAGCACACAAAGUAAAGUAUGUGUUCGUUGUGUGACUGGUUAUUUUGCCGAAUCUAAAAGUUGUUUUAGUUGCACAACUAUUGAAGGCUGUACACAAAAUGGAUGUUUAACCACAUCAAGAUAUUGUAACAAUUGCAACAUAGGGUACUUCUUUGAGAAUGGAAAAUGUGUAAAAUGUACUGAAAUUGCAAACUGUAAAACUAAUGGCUGUUUAAAUACAAAAAGAUUUUGUUAUUAUUGUAUUAACGGGUUUAUUGCAUCGAAUGGUGUUUGUGUUUGCCCAACACAACAAUAUCAAAACACUUUGAAUUCGUGUCGAAAGUGUUACAUAGGCGCAGACAAUUGCAAAAGUUGCACAAGCACUUUAACAUAUCAAAUCCAAUGCAAUGAGUGUUUUUAUCCAUUUGAAUUGAAAGGGGGGAGCUGUGUGAGUUGCACAACGGGGAUGUAUUACAACAACCGAAUCAAAACGUGUGUUGACAACAACAAGAUGUGUGUGAACAAUGUUAAUUCAACAACUUGUGUCAAAUGCAAAGAAAACGGGUUUUUAAGUGAGAGUGCGUGUAUAGAACAUUCGGCACAAUGUCUAUAUUAUUCAAUAUCAAAUUGCGAAAAUUGCCAAUAUGGCAUUUCUGUUGGUUCGCCUUGUGAAAAUAGGAUAAAACAAUGCAAAUACAACAAACAAAACAAAACAAUAGAAACAUGUCUGCAUUGUGUUGACAAUCACUAUGUUGACAACAACAUGUGUAGUUUGGCGCCAACCAACCAAAAUAUAAGAAGUGGGUAUGUGUACCAAUGUGGUGUUAACGAGUACAAAAAUGGCAACAAUAAUUGUGAAAAGUGUGAAACUAAAAACUCAUUGAAGUGCUCAUUAACAACACACCCAAAUCCAUCAAUUCACAUAUUUAAUUGUGAUAAAAAUUAUUUGAUUGAUUACCAAAACGAAAAAUGUUUUAGUGAUGCCAAAUGUAUUCAAAAUGAAAGAAGUGACUGCACUCAAUGUCGUGAUAUGAAUAUGGUGAUCAAAUUUAACAAGUGCACACAAUGCACACCAAUUCAAAAAUGUGAGUCGUACAAGAAAGACUGCACGUGUUUACAAUGCAAAGGCAACUUUCUUCUUGUUGAAAACAAAUGUAUUGCAAAAAAAGAGUUGCAUUGUGAACAUUCUAACAAAUUCGCGUGUUUGCAAUGUUUCCCACUUUUCUAUACAAAUAACAAUAACACCACCACAAUUGAAAAUGAAAAAUAUUGCGUUCCUUUAUCUAACAACGAGAUUUACAUUUUACUGGACGAACGAAACAUCAAAACUAUUUUUGAGUGCGAUCAUACACACUUUUUAUUUGCUAAUUCCUGUGAAUCACUUCUUAAGACUAAUAUCCAACACACUACUUUUUAUACAACAAAUAUUGAUUAUAAAGAAGUCAUUCACCAAACAACAAACAAAACAUUUACCUCUGCUAAUAAACAAGAAAUCUCGAAAACCGAAGUUUCAAAUUGUAAAGUAAAAACACCGAAAGGAUGUGUAAAAUGUAAUGAUGGAUUUUACUUGGAAAACACAAAAUGUGUUAAAUGUAUAAACAACUGUCUGACGUGUUCAAAUCUGACUAAUUGUCUUUCCUGUGACUAUUCACAGAACUUAUUGUUAAUGUCUGGAAAUGUGUGUAAAGACUCAAAAAUAUUACUAGAUAAAUGUAAAGUUCCAAUGGCGAAAAACGUUGGUUGUGCUAUAUGUCAUGAUGGAUAUUACUACCAAGACAAAGAUUGCAUAGCGUGCGACUCGUCAUGUUCAAAAUGCAAAAAUUCAAUUUCAUGUGAUGACUGUGCAGAUGACUACUUUUUGUAUGCACCUUUAAAUCCUUUAUGUCAAAGUUAUGACACUUUAAGUGGAUGUAUCAACAAGACGAAGUAUGGAUGUAAAGAAUGUAAAGAAGGGUAUUUCCUAAAUUCACCAAUUCCCUUUUGUGUUAAAUGUAUAAAUAAUUGUACUUCUUGUGAAGUACUUAAAAGUUGUAUAUUAUGUACUUCGGGUUUUGUAUUGAAAAAUGAAAUCUGUAUGAGUUAUACCGAAAUUCCAUAUUGUGUAGAAGCCUUUAAUAAUUUGUGCACAAAAUGUGAAGAAAAAUACAAACCAAGUGAUGAUGGUCUUUUGUGUAAAAAGGAACCUAAUUUGGCUUUGAUCAUUUCGCUUCCCGUCGUCUUUUUCUUACUUUUUGUGAUAUUUAUUGCACUGACUUUAGUAAUCAUCUUUUUAUUGUAUUUGCACCUCAAAGAUAAGAAAAAAAUGAUCAACAUCUGCGUCUUCCAAAUGAAGAAGUCGAACAUCCAUUUCUUCAAAAUCAAUGAGUGGCUUGUUUCAAAUAGAAAGGUUUUAGAAUUUGAGAAUAACGACACACAAAAUGAAAGUAUUCCCGUCGAUAAAGAAACUCGUGAAUUGUUAUGUGUAGGAAAUAAAUCCAAAAAUCGCAUGAAGAUUCAAUUUAGUGUUAUUAAAGGGUGCGACUACUACGAAAUUCGCACAGAGCCGAAACUUGUGAAUUUAAAGAGUGGCGAGGCCUGUGAAUUUGAAGUCUUUUUAACACCAUUGUGUUCCCGUAACAUAGAAGAGAAAAUUGUGUGCAUAGGUUUAGAUAUUAAAAAGGGAGUAGAGAUGACUGAACAAAUUCAAAUCAAAGCCAAGACCGAAAUGACAACUAAACUAGAUUAUCACGAGUUAAAAGAAAUUAAGAAACUUGGCGAAGGGAGUUUUGGAAUUGUCUAUUUAGGCGACUUCAGAGGUGACAAAGUAGCUAUUAAACGGUUAAAAGAGGGUUGUGAGACACAAUCUAAAGUAAAAGAAUUUGAGAAGGAAGUUGCAAUGUUAGAUAAAUUCAGAUGUGAGUACAUCGUCCACUUUUAUGGUGCAGUUUUCAUACCAAGUCGAAUUUGUAUGGUCACCGAAUUUGCUCAGUUUGGGAGUUUAAACGACUUUAUGAAGAAGAGAAAGGAACAAGCACCACAAAAUGCAAUUAUAGUUAAAUUCAUGUUAGACAUGGCGAAGGGGAUAUCUUAUUUACAUCACAAUGGCAUUGUACAUCGAGAUAUAAAACCAGAUAAUCUACUUGUGUUUUCACUUGAAAUGAAUGAAAAAGUUAAUGCCAAAAUGACUGAUUUUGGAAGUGCGAGAAACAUUAAUAUGAUGAUGACUAAUAUGACUUUCACAAAGGGAAUUGGUACACCAAAAUACAUGUCUCCUGAAGUGUUAAAUAAAGAAAAAUAUAAAAUGCCGAGUGAUAUCUUUUCGUUUGCUAUUACUAUGUACGAAACAUUUACUUGGAAAGAACCAUACCCAAAAAGUGAAUUCAAAUUUGCUUGGUGCAUCGCAAACUUCGUGUCAAAAGGAAAUCACUUGAAAAAAGUUAUCGAAACUGACGACUUGAUAUAUUCACUGCUCGAUAAAAUGUGGUGCUUUGAUUUUAAAGAUCGAAUCAAAAUUGACGAAGUCGUGGUAGAACUCGAAGAUUAUAUGGGAAGAAAUGAAAAUUAA